AUGCGGGUGCCAACAAACAAUCGGCGCGCGAAUUUUUGCGAAGGCGGUCUACACCAAAAACCUGCCCGUCGAGAUCGGCCCAAAGACCCGGGCUCAGCCGGGGAAGCUGUCUGUUCAGAGGUGGAGGCAACGGGAACAUUAUCGCUCACGCCUGGGCCUGCACGGGGCCAGACUAAGACAGAUCCCAGUCCAGCCCAGCACUUUGUCCCGUCUCUCGGCUACUCUGCACCGACAUCCGGCGGUUCGAGCCCUCGAGGAUCAAAGAAGAAGAAGAAGAAAACAGCGGUGCAGAGGCUUCUCGGCCCUGCGCUGGCAGAUAUGCAGCCGUUUGGCCGUGCUGUCUGGAGACAUGGCAGGAUAGGGCUGGAGCUGGCAGCAAGGCCUGCCCCCGGCGGCAUCACCAUCACCACAGCCCGAUGGCCGUCGACGCCCUGCAAGCGUUGCCACGUCCAGCCCAUCGUCUUCCCUCGCUUCUACUCUUCUCAGCCUCCCCACGACGCCGACAAAUCCCCCGUCCCCCCUCCAUCCGCCCCCAAAGCCGACAAACCGGCUGCACCCGCGAAAAAUGCAAGCAGCACCGAACCCCCCGCCGCCGGUGCCUCGUGGUCCCGGCCGAGCUGGCUGGAGCUGCCGUCCAUAUCUGAGGAGCGCCGGAGUGCCCUGAACAAGAGGUUCAGCGGCAUCAUGGACAAUGUCCAGUCAAAAGUUCUCAAUGCCUCGCAGAAGCUCAACGAGAUCACCGGCUACACGGGCAUCGAAGCCAUCAAGGUGGAGAAUGAGCAGCUGGAGACUGGCUUGGCCGAGGCCCAGGCUCGUGUGCGGGCGGCCAGACAGGCAUACAAGACGUCAAAUAACAAGCGAGCGUCGACUCAGCGUGAGGUGACGACGCUGCUUGCCCGCAAGGAUACAUGGACACCGACAGAUCUUGAACGCUUUACGGAAUUGUACCGCACAGACCACGUCCUGGAGGGCGAGGUCGUCACGGCGCAGGAAAACUUGACCGAGGCCGAGUCCGACGAGCAGAAGCUCAGCCAGAAGCUCAGCGCCGGCAUCCUGAAACGCUAUCAUGAAGAGCAGAUCUGGAGCGACCGGAUCCGAAGGGCCUCGACCUGGGGUACCUGGGGCCUGAUGGGCAUGAACUUUGUCCUCUUUGUCGUUCUCCAGUUCGUCGCCGAGCCCUGGAAGAGGAAAAGGCUGGUCAAGGGCGUCGUGGCAGAGGAGAAGCGAGUCCUAGACGAAGUUCAGACCGAGCUGGCCGUGAUCAAGGCCAACCUCGACCAGGUGGCCGCGGCCGCCGAGGUCGACAGAAUCAAGGCUCGUGAAAAGGAAGCCCAGAAGCUGCUCAGCCUGACCAAGAUCAGGGCUGUCUGGCAGACCACCAUGUCCGCGGUUUGGAUUCGCAGCUUCCAGGAGUUGAAAGAUGUCCUGUCGCGAUGGAAGGCCCUUGUGACCGACCUCGAGGUGUGGAGGGCCGGGUUCGAAUACCUGAUUAGCGAGCGCCAGGUGGACAUGCGCAUGCGAGACGCAUCCGCCUUGGUGCUGGAGGGCCUCGUCACUGGCAUAUUCAUCACAUGGCGCAUGGGAGCGUUGUUUCGAAGUAGUAAAUGA